UUCCCUCGCGCGUAUCUUCCUGCGCGCUCCUUUGGUCUGAGCGCGAGCGUAGGCAUCUGGCUCGCAGUGUUGUGUACGUGUGCAUUUUCCCGGUUCUGGGGGUUGUUUUGGAGGGUGUAGGUUCUUCACGCAGGGCAGGUAAGUAGCCGCGUAACGCUGCAGGCUCCGUGCUUCUUCCACCCUGCUGUAGAGUUGGAGAUGAAGGCGCUGGGGGGUGUUACCGCUUCACUGACGUUUGCGGGAGGUGAAGGCUUUAGGACAGGGUUCAUUCUUUCCACGUUAGUUUGCCUCUGGCAAAAGACAAAAAAAACCCCGACAUUUCUGCAGCUUGGACCAAAGUAAAUGAAAGGACAUUUGAUAUUCUGCUUUUCUUAUAUUCUUACCAGCAAGUCCCCCAAAACGACACUAAUGCCGCAGUAUUUCUGGAACACUGUUUUGUACAAGUAAUCCAACGUCAAUGAACAGACUUUUUUCGAGGAACUUUUUUUUUUUUGUGCACGAGAGAUGACGGCCUUAAAAAUGAAAAUAAUCCUGAAAGUUUGUUAAGCGUAGUUAAAGCUGAGAGUCUCGCAUGUAUCUCAGAUUGCUUCGCUCAGAGAAGAAACAUCUCCCGGGUGGAUGCAAUCAAGUUCACACAAACAGAGGAGUCCAUCGUUGCUCCAGAUUGGCUCUGGAGUAGGAGUUACUGCCAAUGAAGAAACACUAAUAUGCUAAACUCUCAGACGCGAUGACUGUGGAGAUCCGUGGCGGCGAGACUUGUUAAACUUGGCUUGCAGUGUCUGGAAAAAAUGAGGAGAAUCCACAUAAAGGGAGACGUGGCCUGCACACUAAUCCUGCUUGUGCUUCUGUGCAUAUUGUUGUAUGUCCAUCAAAGUUUAAUAACCACCUGGGAGGUGGUGCACAUUAAGAAUGACUCUGCCAUCUCCAAAGAUCUCCUAGAAGCCACAGCAAAGGCAUGCUCCUGCAAGAUUCCCGAUGUGCCCCAGUGCAGUUCUGGGCCUGAGUUGCAGGCAGAAGCCAGGUCCAGCAAAGUUCUGAAGACUCCUGUGAAGUUAAAGAAAAGGGUUGGGAAUAACAAAACUCCGACAAAAGCCAGUGUUAGUCCGACUCCGUUCCACUUUGACUUUGAAGGUUACCUUCGCAAGAAAGACCAGAGGGAGUUUGAGAUGUUAAUCAACCAGCCGGAGAAGUGUUCCGGGCCUGAAGGUGCACCUUAUCUGCUGAUCGCCAUCAAGUCAGUGGCAGCAGACUUUGACAAGCGGCAGGUAGUGCGACGCACAUGGGGCCGAGAGGGCGUGGCCCUGAAUGGAGUGUCCAUCAUGAUCGUCUUCCUGCUGGGAGUGCCCCAAAAUGCCACGGCGCUCCCAGUGUGGGACAAGUUGUUGACGUACGAGAGCCGAGCGUUCCGAGACAUUCUGCUGUGGAACUUCGAAGACACGUUCUUUAACCUUACACUGAAAGAAACUCACUUCCUCCGGUGGGUGAACACAACCUGUUCCAAAGCGAAGUUCAUCUUCAAGGGAGAUGUAGACGUUUAUGUUAACAUCGAAAACAUUCUGGAGAUGCUCGGGGACAGGGAGGCUGAUCGGGACCUUUUUAUUGGGGACAUCAUCAUCCACGCGAAACCAAUUCGCAGACGUAGUAGUAAAUACUUUGUGCCCGAGUUUAUGUACGGCCAGGGGAUGUACCCGUCUUACGCAGGCGGGGGCGGCUUCGUCAUGUCAGGGCACACUGCGCUGAGGCUGCACAUGGCCUGCAAGGAAGUGGAGCUCUUUCCUAUAGACGAUGUCUUCCUGGGAAUGUGUCUCCUCCGGCUGGGUCUUCAGCCCACACGGCACAAGGGCUUCCGCACCUUUGGCAUUGUGAGGCCAUCGGCGGCGCCGCGCCUGCAGGUGUACGACCCCUGCUUCUACAAGCAUCUGAUGGUGGUGCACGGCCUGACGGUGCCCCAGAUCUGGCUCAUGUGGAACCUGCUGCAUGACCCCGGUGUGCACUGCCAUAGCAGCCAAGCUGCCGCAGUGUUACCCUUCAAGUGGCGAGACAAGACUCCUGACACCGCUAUGGAUACUGGGAAACGUGACUAUGAACUACAAGUGUUUGUGAAACACUAACGACUUUAUGCUUGGACUGCAGGGCCUGUGAACGUUUAAUGCUGGAGUUUUAAAGGCAGAAGUGGAAAUUGUUUAGCUGUUCCUAAAUAUUUAAACAUGUAGACAGUACAGAAUUCUGUAGAGAUUAAUUUGUUAAAUGUGCACAUGAACCUUGAAGGGAGUUUGGCAACUACAAUUUUUUAGCUGCUGUCAAAGAUGAAAGAUUUAUCCAUUUACCCAAAGUUUUUCCGUGGAUUUUGGUGUCAAAAACCUUUUUUUUUUUUUUUUUUUUUUUUUUUUUUUUUAAGUUCCAGAUACCAAUGUUGCAAUCCCUAGAAACAAACUCUGGAGGCAAAUUACUUCGUGAAUCACAUUUUGUGAGUGUUAUUAUCUGCCUCAAGGUUACUGACCUAGUGCUAAACAUGAGCACUAAUGGAUUAUUUAAUACUCUCUAUACUCAAAAGUGAAUAACACUGCUGGUCUGCAUUUUUACUUCUGUUUUUAAAAGUGUUUUUUUCCACGAGCAGUAUUUCCCACCUUCAUCUAAAUACACUCUGCUUUGUGUAAUGUCUGCUGGGGGUUGCGGGUUAAAGCAUAGUUAAUAUAUCCAGAACACUGAAACCACAGGGGAAAAAAACAGGAGUCGUUCCCCCUCGUUUUUAUUACGCCCAGUCUUCAGAUGUUAUUGUUGGUGUUGAACACACUGUACCAAAAUGUUUAACAAACAAAUGCAGUUUAUAAAAUUGAAAGUAUUGUGGUUUCCGUAGAUUAGAUGAGUAGAUACUAGUCACAGCGUCUUUGCAUGAGUUCAGGAGCAUUGUGUAAGCGUUUAGCCGACCUAUUCAGUGAAUUAUUCACCACAGCUAAAGUUAUUGCUUUCAAAAAAAUAAACAAAAACAAUACAUGCCUGACAAAUAGACUUUCUGUUAUUUUCUGACCAAAAAAAAGAGAUCAGAUACAAAACACCACAUUGCAAUUAAUCAUGAUUCACAAUUUUUAAUUAAGGAGCCCAUUUCCAGAAAUGGGUGAAAUAUACUGAAUCCACAAAAAAUACUCACUUUCGACAAUGGAGGACACGUACACUGUAAGGAACACAUCACAUAGCAGUAAUAUGUGCAUGACACUGAAUGGAAGUUGUCUAUUUCUAAACACAAUCUGUAAUUCGGUCUGCAAUGCAAUAAAAGAGGAUAAAGACUGAAGAGGAAAUGGAACGAAUCAGAACCCAGCUGAUGAACGUAGAGCAUUCACAAAAAGAGAGAGAGAGGGAGAGAUCCACCUGAGAUUGGACAGGCAACCAGCGUACCAGGUUGCCGUCUCUUAACGGGACGCCAUCUAACAGGCAGGAUCUCGUCACUGACCAGUGGUUGUGUUGCUCCUUCUUCUACUUAUACUGAAUUCACAGAGGAUGAGCUUAGCUUAAGACUCCAGUUGCGUUAAAAAAUAAAAUAAAAAAAACUGCACACACAGACUCACUCAAUGUGAACGUAAAAGUUAUUCAUACUAAUUUACUAAUUUAAAAUAGUUUGUAUGAAAAGUGCAAGUUCCGGUUAACAGAAACAUCACAACCACUAGUACGAACUUCACAUCACGGAGGACCGUCAGCUUGUGGGAACUCUGUAGACUGGACAUGGCCCCCGACCUUGACUUUAUGCCCCACCCACCCUUCAUCAGAUGAGUUCAUAGACAGAGACUUGGCUGUUUAUCCAACACUCAGACAGAGGACUGUGAACAUUUGGAGACAAUAAACAGUCCAUCAGUUUAUCUGUACAUGCUCUAUAAUAAACAAAGCAGAUCAGUUUCAUUUACAGAGCAAGUCACGAUGGGCUCGGAAGGUGACGAGGCACAACGUUAACAGCGGGUUUAGGCUUUUUUCGUUCUUUUUCCUUGGUUUCAAACUCACCCUUAAGAGAAGGGUGAAACGGAACACAUCAACUGCUACCAUCCUUGCAAACCAAGCAAAUGCCAGAAAAAAACAACCCCACAAAUAAACAAACAAACAAAAAACCCCAAACAAACAAACAAAAAAAACACCUAAAAUGCUGGAUCACCCAAUGUUAAAUACAAGCAGGGGGGACUGAUGGAAAGGUCCAUCAUACAGGUGGAACCCAUGAGAGUGCUACAGUGGACCACACCACCACGCCCUGGACCAGGAGGCCCUGCCUGUCCUGGCUUUUAGCACGAGCACCACCAACACCAUGGUUCUCUCCACUGGCAGGUGUUCCACCCGCCUCCUGCUCACGGCACAGUCAGAGCAUACGCCCCCUGCUACGGAGUCCCUUAAGGACCACCUGUGUUUGAAAACUUGCAACUCUUCACAGUUAGCAAUGGUAAUGGAUACAGCAGGAGAACUCCAGACUUCCAACUGAAUGUGAAUCGCUAAGGUACUGUUAGUUUAGAUGACAAAACAGAAGAACAUGCUAUUUACAGAUUUGUACAUGGACAGACAGAUGCACAGCACUGCAGAACGUCCCACAUAUAACCAAGAAACAGGCAGAAACACAGAGGCAAAAGCUGUGAAGGAGAAAGCUCCCAGGCACAUAACUGGGGAUAUCUAUCAUUACAAAGCAUCAGCACAGAAAUGCCAUUUAAACAAUUCCAGGGAAUUACAAACAAAAAGAGAAUGUUCUUGUUCUCUGGUAAGUUAAGGUCACGUCUGAUGAGAGAAUUUAAGAUCCUGGACAGUUAUUUCUUUGGCUAAAGUUUUGGCAAAUAAGGGAAAAUGCACAGAUGAAGAAUGGCUCUGAAAGGCUUUGAAGACCAAGAGCUCAGCUGAAGAUGGUGUGGCAAGAAGGGAGCAUGGAACGCAAACGAGCUGAAAGGGCAAAGGUCACGUGAUCAGGAGUGGGGCAGAGAAUGCCAGGCCAAUGUCUCCAUCCAGUUUUCUGUGUUAAGAGCUCCCAAGUCCAAUCCAUUUCCAUCCCAUUCUCCAUUCUUAUUUCUCUCCCCAACACUCAGUAAUCCCAACAGUCCUCAGUGGACAGAAGAGAAGUGCCAAGUAAAAAAGUUGUAAUUUUGUUUUAGUGCAAAUGUUUAAAAAAAAAAAAACAACCCAAAACUGACAUCAACCUAAGUUGCAACAAAACAGCCACCAAAAAAAAAAAGAAAAAAAAAGAGACCAAUUUAACGUGCUGAAGUUCACACUGCACAGCACUGCGACGGGAUUUAACCUGUGUGUGUGUGUGUGUGUGUGUGUGUGUGUGUGUAUGCAAGUCUGUAGUUCAACAUGUUUACAAGCAAACUCCCAUAUGUGGUGUGCAGUGCAUUUGUGCUUCUUAUUUUGUAGAUCAUACACACCUAAUUCCUUAAACAAAGCACAAAAAGAAGCAACACUUUAUUCAUGCACCGGCUGCUGAGGUUCCCAAAUCCUCCGGCAUGUUCUGAGCUUCUGAGCGCGUCGUCUGCUUGUGCUGGUCACUGCCUUGCUGAAGCGAAGGGAACUGAACGUGCUUAAAGUGUUUAAAGUGUUUGAAGUGUUUAAUAUGCAGAAGAGGAAACGGUAUCAAAACGUAUGUCACAUAUGCCCUUUGGUGUCAGUGUCUGGUGAGGGAUCGAUUUAGAAACAGAAAGCCAUUCAUAAAAACAGCUUCUUUAAGCUUAUGAAUAUAUACACAAGCAAUGCUUGUUCAUGUAAGAAAAAGAAUGAAGUGCAUGUAUGUGUCAGAGUGUGUGUGUGUGUGUGUGCACGCACGCGCAUGAGACAGCGUGCAUGAAUAUCACAUCACUGUGCUGACGCUGACAGGUGCAGAGUUGGAAAUGCAGCUCAAGGGGGUGUGUUGCAGGAUAAAUGGAGGGGGUGGAGCCUCUGCUAGCUGCCUCCAACCUGUAUAUGCAGGGUGGGAGGGGCUAGGGGCGGAGCAUCCAUUUUCGAACACAGCUGGGGGAAUUAGGCAGAGCUUCCAGCACGUGGUUAUUCAGCUGGUGGGAGGGCAGCUGUGUGUGUGUGUGUGGUGGGGGGGAAGGCACACUGUGCUGGUGGGCUCCAGGGCUCCACAGCACCCUAUGUGGCCAGAUGGGCAUGGCUGGCACCUCAGUGGGCACCGGGUUCAGUGCAGCACUGGCGGGGAGCUCC